AUGGGAGUAAUACUGCGGAACCUCCAAAAGCAGGUCCCCCUCCGCCGAGCCCGGCUGCGGAAGGAUGUGGAGACGCUGCGGCACAUCCUGGGCAUCCAGAAGUUUGACUUGGGCAUUGUCUGCGUGGAUAACCACAGGAUCCAGCAAAUUAAUAACAUAUACAGAAAGAAAAAUGUGCCAACAGAUGUCCUCUCAUUUCCAUUCUACGAGGACCUGAGGCCUGGUAAGAUGCCCCUCCCCCUUCACAGGGACGAGCAGAACCUCGGGGACAUUUUCCUGGGGGUGGAGUAUGUGAUGAAGCAGUGUCAGGAGGAAUCUCUGGAUCUGCAUGGGACCCUCACUGCUGUCACGGCACAUGGGAUCUGUCACCUGUUAGGGUACAGACACGAGACAGAAGAAGAAUGGACAGAGGCAGCACGACAGACUGGUCAAGGGAUGAGCGAGCAAACCUUCUACCGCUAUUAA